AUGGACUACAGCGUGGCCAAGACGAUCAUCGUGGGGAUCCCAGCGGAUGACCCGCGGCACCACACGCCGAUCUCGCAGGAGAUCGGGAGCAACGGGAAGCCAAAGCGCAACACGUUCGCGUGCACGAGCUGCCACGCGGUGAAACAGCGGUGCAUCCCGACAGACAUGGGCGACAUCUACCGCAAGCCGUGCUCGCGGUGCGUGAAGCUGCGCAAGCCGUGCGAGUUCGACCUGUCGAAGCGGACGCGGCGCAAGCGGCGCGCGGCGGGCGCGCGGCCGCGGCGGCGCGCGGGGCGGGCGCGCGAGCGCGCGGCGGUGCGGUGGGCGGGGCGUGGGGCGCCGCUGUCGCCGGCGAGCGGGCUGGCGGCACCGCCGCCGCUUGAGGGCGGCGCGGAGGCGGACGGGCUGACGGAGGCGGAGGAGGAGGAGGACGCGCAGGCGCAGCUGGCGCGGGAGCUGGCGCGCGUGGACGGGAGCGCGCGGCGGCUGGAGGCGCUGGCGGAGAUGCUGGCCGCGGAGUCGCGCGGCUGGGGGGCGUUUCUGGAGGGCAGCGCGGCGGUACCGACGCUGAGCGACCCGGUGUCGCUGGGCAUUGUGACGCUGGCGGAGGCGGAGUACCGGCUGGACUGCUACCGCGAGGUCGUCGCGGGCGGCAUGCGCCUGCCGUUCCUGCGCGUGCCGAAGAGCUGCACGGCGGAACAGCUGCGAGUCGAGCAGCCGAUCCUGUUUGCGACGGUGCUGUCGAUGGCGUCGCUGGUGCUGCCGGGCGCGGCGGGCCAGGAGGUGGUCAACAUGAAGCUGGAUAACUUCGUGCUGACGCUGGUCACCCACUACUGUAUGCGCAUCGGCGACCGCACGGUCGAGCUGCUCAAGUCGCUGAUCCUGCUCUGCAUGUGGUGCAACUACCCCGAGUGGUCGCACAAGACGCGCUACCACUACUUCAACUACCUGUGCUGCAACCUGGUGCGCGACCUGGGCAUGCCCUACGCGUACCGGCCCAUCCUGGUGGGCGAGGACGAGGGCCAGCAGCGGAAGCUGUCCGCGAUGUUGGAGCAGGACCCGGAGUACCCGCGCCUGAUCCUGCUGGCGUACAUUAUCUCGCUCAACAUGUCGGUGUUUCUGCAGCAGCCGAUCCAGUUCCACUGGUCGCCUGUCGUGGAAAAGGCAUGCAGCGACAUCCUCGACGCGCGGUACGUCUCCGAGCUCUACUCCGCGGAGGACAAUCAGAUGCUGAUGCUGUUCGCGAAACUGCACCUCUGCAUGGAGCGUGCCUACUCGAUGCAGCGCGUGAACUCCGGCUACUCGUUCGUUGCCGCCGACAACGACGACACAUUCUGCUCCCUGUUCAGGGAGCUUGAGGGCAUCAAGAUGCAGAUGCCAAAGCACUACUGCACUGGCUAUAUUCUGACUGUCGAGGCGUACGUGUACGAGUCGGCAGUCUCUUGCUAUCUGCUAAGAAACGGGGCGCUGAACUACCCACUGCCGGACAACAUCUCCGACGCCUUCCUGACCGCGACAGAGCGCUCGGUGGCCGCAAUGAAGGACCUGCUCAGCUCAGGAAAUGACAUCAUCCCCUCGAUCCAGUUGCUCGGCGCGUCCCGGAUCAUCUACACGAUGGGUAUGUCCUUGCUCAAGCUUCGCUACAACGCCCUGACCAUGCCGGCCUUCGAGCCGCUCAGAUCCUCUACCGAGGAGAUAUUGCCGCUCUUGCAACGUAUUGCUACAUUCCUCGAUCAGCUACACGAGAGCUACCCUUACAACCGAUCGAUUAGCAAGCUACAGUAUGUGUCCGCAUUGUUCCUCCACACGUACCACCAAAAGAUCAAAAAAUGCAUAUAUAGGCAGGAGACCACGACAUUCCCAACCCUCUGUAUGCCAGUAACGCCUACCCUUGACAGGAGCUCACCAUCCUCGGCGCAAUUGUUAAGUGAGUCCUUGGGCUUUGCUAAUAUUCCUACCGGAACGAAUAAUGACAUUCAGGCGGGCUUGCUUAGGGCGCCUAGCAGCAUAAUUGAGCCUGAUGAAAAGAAAUUCCAUACCAUCAAGGUCAAUUCAAUAUACAAGCACAUCGCUGGUACGCCUUCUGCGGAGUUCAGCGGCGGCCAGCUCUUCUGCGAGCCUAGCUCUGCGCCGCACUCUGUUGACUAUCUGUCUGACUACCUGAUGGACAACGCUUUUGUAGAGAGCGACUAUGAUGCCUUCAAUGAUGAGGUGUAUGGUACCGCAUUCUUCCCACAGCUAAAAUGA